CGUUCCAAAGUCAUUGUGACGGAGGUCAGUGCUGCCUCCAAAGAUCGCGAAGAAAAUUAACUUUGACGUGCGCGAUAACGUAAUUUAAGAUCCUCCUAGAGUCAAUUCAAUUAGGUAACCCGAUAAUUCCUUCGAUAGAAUUUUGGCGCUCGCGACGAUGUCACUUUACGGCUCAGAGAUGGAGAAGUAUAGUGAUUCUGAAGAGGAAUCCUUGGGUGCCAAGGUUGCUAUGUUCAAUCAAUAUGCCAACAAACACAAAGAUAAGCAGAGCAAAAAUCCAUUCACGUCUGGUAUAAACAUUGAAAAACCAAAAUUCUCCAAAGAGGAAUACGGCAGACCAGAAGCAGGUUCCUUAUCGGAUCUGCGUGGUCGCAAGGCAAAUGCCCAUAUACUGAAGGAAAUUUUGGAGCUUUGUGAAAUUAUUAGUCACGAAGGCACACCCUGCCGAGAUCAUCCCGACGUAAUUGCCAUUACGUUUGGUGAUAUCUUCAAUAUUUAUACUAAUAUUAGCAGUAAAUGCGUAGGCUUGUUAUUGAGAGCGAGGAAGCAGAAGUAUCUGGAAUUCGAAGGCGAAUGCCUUUUCCAGAGAAGAGACGAUGAUGUGCCGAUAUUUUUAGUUAAGCCCAUCGAAGAAAUUCGUGAAGAGUAUAAUCAACGACUUCAAGAAAUCCGGAAGGAUUUGCUGGACACUUAAUGUAAAUAAUGACAAAUUAAUAAUUAUAUAAUAAUUACCAUCUAAUUAUUAAAUAUAAAAGAUUAUUAUUUUCUAAUUCUAUUAAUAUUAUCUAUCCUCGAAAGGAACAUUCGCAGCCUGUAUUUAUUCGCCUAUAUUUUAUAGUAAUACAAAUGAGACCAUUGUAUAAUAUGUGAUUUGUUGUAUUCGUCUCUUGGGUUCUAUAUGUUAAGAAUGAAUGCCUGCAAAUCGAUGUAAAUAUUCCACGGGUAGUGCAAAUGAAAUACGUUAAUGCGACAGUAAAAUAUAAUCAGUACGAUUAAUACAAUUUUUAUGGAACACUUCUUUGAGUCAUCGUUGUAUAAAUAUAGGGCGUAAUAAAUAAUUAAUAUAUCUUA